CAGUCUCGCUCGUCGUGGUGGCCAUCGGACCGCUUUCUGGCAAUUUUUAUUUUAUCUCGAUAGCUUUCCCCAUCUUUGUUCGCUCUUACACCUUCCGAACUUGCGUCGCCGUUUACUCCAACCCGACUCCCAAAACACCCCCGUCUUCACAUUGCUAUACGUCAUGAACCGUCUCGUGACUCGAUUGCCAUGGCGUGUCAUCCCCCAAUGCCGCCCGACGACUCACUUCCUGCGAUUCUCGGUGGCUCCCAGUCCCAGCUUGGCUGUUCGACAGAGCCGUAACUUCACCAACUCCCCAGCGCUAUACAAGAAGAAAGACAAGGCGGCGAAGAAGGGUUUAAAUUCAGACGUCGAGUCGGAUCCUGCUGCAGCUACGGAGGAUCCGUUUGACCUUUCCACCCUCAAUUCGGGCAUAUCGACUGCCAUCUCCCGACUGAAAGAUGAUUUGUCCAAGCUGCGCGCGGGCGGACGUUUCAACACUGCGACUCUCGAAGUUCUGAAGGUCCAUUUGAGCAAGGAUAGCCAUGAUACCGUCAAGUUGGGUGAUUUAGCUCAAGUUGUACCCAAGGGAGGCCGGAUGGUGACCAUCUUAGUGGCGGAGGAAGAGCACAUCAAGCCCGUUACUUCUGCGAUCGUAUCCUCGAAUCUGUCCCUGACUCCCCAGCCUGAUCCUCAUAACGCCCUUCAACUGAAUAUCCCCAUUCCUCCCCCGACCAAGGAAUCCCGAGACAAGAAUGUCCAGGCAGCGAAACAGGCCUUUGAAAAGGCUGCAAGCGCCGUUCGUGAUUCCAGAGGCGCCAUGCACAAGCGACUACAAGACAUGCAGAAAAAGAAGCUGGCCCGACCUGACGAUGUGCGCAAGGCUCAUGAUCAUAUGGAGAAAGCUACGGAGAAGGGCCAAAAGGACGUCAAGGAGCUAUUUGAUGCGGCCAAGAAGUCUUUGGAACAGGCAUGAUUCACAACGUUACGCAACACCAGCGUGAGGGCCACAUUUUUUUUGUAAUAUAGUCACAUUGUAAAUCUAGAUACAAGAGGGAACAAAGGUGGUGGGCGAAUACCACCACCGAAAACACAUAGCGCCUAGUCGGAGAUCCAAAAAAAUUCGAAUGACAGAAUCAAUAUAAUACACAACAGCAUCUCCCCAUGCAGGAUGCUACCUAGGUAUCACUAGGAGCGCUUGACACGACUCGAAGCCAACAGAGAUUCAACCUUGGCGAGGAACUGGGGCCGCUUGCCAACUGUUUGAUAGGUUGCGUUAUUGCGAAUAUUUCUCAGCACAUCGCCCAUGAUAGCCGGCUGGUCCUUGCCAACCUCCAAAGAGGGGUAUUUUCCUUGCACAAAGGUCUCCAUCAAUUUUUGUGAGUGUUCGGCGCUGAUGGGGUUGAAUUUGAUAUCACGGGGCUUGACGGGCUCGCCCUUUUUCUGGGAGAUCUUGUCUGCUCGUUCUUGGGACAAGCGCUUGAGUUCCUCCAGAGCCUGGGCCUUCUCAGCCUCGCUCUCGAACAGAACGCUCUGUCCCUUCCAGAGACGUCUACCGAGCUCAUGAGGAGGGACGUAUCCGUUGGGGAAGCGGCCACUCAGGGCAGAAAGCUUCUCGAUGACGGUAGCGGAGCGAGCAUUCGCGUCCGUGGGCAAGGAGGGCCAAGUAUCCUUCAGUGUAGAGAAGUCAAUCUCCCGGGGCUCGUAACGAAUAGGCACCGGACGGCCCUUGGACUCUUGAUCCAGCUCGAGUUGUUUGAUAGCAGCAGCGGUGGCCUCGUCGUCAUCAAUGAUCUGCUCUGAACGGCGCCUUUUGUUUUGCCGCUUGGGUUUCUGGCCAGCCUUUCCGGCGAGCUUGCCCUUGCGACCUGGUACCUGCUUGCCGGGUGGCAUCCGCAGCCUAGGCUUGCGGAUGAUCUUGGGGGGUUCACCACCAGCACGAGGGGCUGCCAAUGACCGAGCAUCAAUUGCUCGAGCUGGACGGGGCUUGUUCUGGGCUCCGGCUCCAGCUCCGGGGGGUCUGCUGGAAGGUCGAGGCUUGCGAGGGGGGCCUGUAGUCGCCGGUCUCUGUUUUGGUUGGCCUUGCGCU